UUGAAACGUUUUACGUCGUUCCCGGUUGAUGUGCGCACCGUUUACCAUCUCUACUGGGUCCCUCACUCACCACCUGUUGACCGCGUACCCGAUGAUCACCGUCCGACAGCGAUACGCGCGCGCAUAUCAGUUUCCGGCGUUAUCACCGGGACCACCAUUCGCGGACAGUUAAGUAGCAGCGUCGACGGUCGGUUAUUACUCCGACUGUGAUUUUUCACAUCCGAGUUCGAACUGCUGCACGGGUAGUGCCGUCGUUGCUCAUCACCGUUUGUCGGCCCAGUCGAAAAGGAUUCGGUUACGUGUCCGAGUGGGAGUGUUGUGUCACCGCUGGAAAAAAUGUUCCGGUCUAACGUAUUAAAAAAAAACGUGUUUCAACAAGCAAUUAGAUCCAAUGCAACAUGCGGUGCUAUUCCAAAAGUUCCAAUGUACAUAGAUGGGAAAUUUGUGGAAUCAAAAACAAAUGAUUGGAUCGACGUCCAUAAUCCUGCUACAAAUGAAGUCAUCUCUAGAGUACCGAAAUGCACCCUGGAUGAAAUGGAACAUGCUGUAGAAUCGUCCAAAGUAGCUUUUAAAUCAUGGUCCAAAACUUCUGUGAUGAGAAGACAACAAAUAAUGUUUCGUUAUCAAGAAAUUAUUAAAGCUAACAUAAAAAAAUUGGCAGAAAACAUUACUAAAGAACAAGGAAAAACACUGAUUGAUGCAGAAGGAGAUGUAACUCGUGGACUCCAGGUUGUUGAGAACUGCUGUAACUUUACUAGUUCAAUCAUGGGUGAAUCAUUACCACUGGUAGCUACUGACAUGGAUAUACAUUCCUAUCGUGAGCCUCUCGGUGUUACAGCUGGUAUUGCGCCAUUCAAUUUCCCAGCUAUGAUACCUUUGUGGAUGUUUCCCGUUUCUAUUUCUUGUGGAAACACAUUUGUUAUUAAACCUUCUGAAAGAGUGCCUGGUAAUUGUAUGAUGCUUGUUGAAAUGUUGUCGGAAGCUGGCUGCCCACCUGGUGUUGUUAACAUUAUUCAUGGUAGUGUGGACACUGUGAAUUUUAUUUGUGAUGCUCCAGCUAUUAAAGCAAUUUCAUUUGUUGGUGCAAAUACGGCGGGAGAACACAUAUUCAGCCGAGGUUCUAAAAAUGGUAAAAGAGUUCAAAGUAAUAUGGGUGCCAAAAAUCAUGGUAUCAUUAUGCCAGACGCUAACAAGACUAGCAUGCUGAAUUCAUUAGUUGGAGCUGCAUUUGGAGCAGCUGGACAACGGUGUAUGGCAUUAAGUACUGCUGUGUUUGUCGGUGAAGCCAAAAAUUGGCUUCCUGAGUUGAAGAGUCGUGCUGAAAAUUUAAAUGUCAAUGCUGGACACCUACCAAAUACUGAUGUUGGUCCUGUCAUAUCUCCUGAAGCAAAACAAAAAAUUAUUAACUUAAUUCAAUCAGGUAUUGAUGAAGGAGCUAAGAUAAUUUUGGACGGUAGAAACAUUAGUGUUCCUGGAUAUGAAAAUGGAAAUUUUGUGGGACCCACAAUUCUCACAGAUGUUAAGCCACAUAUGAGAUGUUAUAAAGAAGAAAUAUUUGGACCAGUAUUAGUGUGUUUGACUGCAGAUACUUUAGAUGAAGCAAUAGACAUAAUCAAUUCAAAUCCAUAUGGUAAUGGUACUGCUAUUUUCACUACAAAUGGUGCAACAGCAAGAAAGUUCACUCAUGAAGUCCAAUGUGGCAAUGUUGGAAUCAAUGUUCCCAUCCCUGUACCUUUGCCUAUGUUUUCCUUUACUGGUACACGAGCUUCAUUCUUGGGACAAAAUCAUUUCUAUGGAAAACAAGGUUAUCAUUUCUUUACGGAAUUGAAAACUGUGACUCAACUUUGGAAAGAAUCUGAUGCUACUGACACAAAAGCGGCUGUUUCUAUGCCUGUGAUGCGAUGAAUACUUUAAAACAAGGCUGAUAUUUUACCAAUCAUAAAUUAUAAUAUAUUAUUGUUAUUUUUGUUAAAGAUUUUUCAAUUAAAUACAUAUAUAAGAGGUGAUGUUCUAAAAUACACUGAUGCCACAUUUAAAAGAUUGA